GAAAAGUUGGAAUGGUACAUUGUUCAUUUCAUUCGUGCUUCUCGUUUGAUCGUCAAAUGGGGGAUACACUAAGUGCGCUUAUACAUCAUGACUAAAACAUCCCAAAAAAAGAGGUCGGCGCCUACUCCCUACCGAUACAAGACCAGGCCCAGACCAGAUCUGAGAAAAAUAAAAGCCAAAAAGAAAAGAAUAGCAAGGGCAAACCUCUGAACGACUGUGUUCCCGGAGGAUAACUUUGGCCCGGGGUGUAAAUCCAAAAUCAAGAAAAAGAGAAUGAACCUAAUCAAGCAAGAAGACGUGCCAAAGGGAUAUCACAGUAACGUAAAUGCCUCCAAAGCAUCCAUAAACCCUGCAAUCGCGCCGAUUCCCGCCAGGCCGCGAGUCGCACUGCGGGUCAAAGCCUUGUGACGUUCCUUAGCUUCUUCACGUGAGGAUCGACGGUAUGAACGGGUCGGAGACCGUUGUGCGGAACGAGGCGGCGAGGGCCGGAGGCUGAAGCUAGACUCGGGCGAUGAUGAAGAAAGUGGGUAUGCCGAGGGGUGGGACCGUGGUUGCAGGUGAUUGUUAUUGUAAUUCUGCUGCUGUCGGGCCCAAGAUGCAUCGAAUUGACCCGGUGGUGUGGCCCUUGGGGAAGGGAUGGGCAUUGACCCUACGGGUAUAUUGGGCUGGCUAUUUGGAAUAGACCGCGGUGCCGUGUUGGUGAACUCUUGGUUUGGGUGGUAUCGAUAGGGCUGUUGAGAAGGACCGGGGAUAUGGACCGGCAUGGGCUUGCUCUGUGGAGGUCCUUGCGAGCGCGGAACAGGUUGAGCGGGUGGCGGUGGUUGGAAGCUUCCGUUCGGAUAUGUUGGUGGUCCUCGGUCCGACACUGGGCUAGGUGGAUAUCUGGACGAAGAGCUAUUGGAGUGGGCGCGGUUAUCGUUGAUGAUGACACUCUUGGGUGGUGGACGAGAGGUCGACCGUUGCUCCCCUUCGUCACUAGAAUCGGUUAUUCGCGGGUUCUUCGGGCGCGUUUGUCGACUCCGUUGCGACUCGUCGGCCACAGGCUCGCUUUCAACAUGUGCCUGAUAGUUGGAGUAUCGCCGGCGUAGCUCGGCUGCAUGCUUUCGGGCCUCUUGUGAAUGAGGCUUGCGCCAGUCAUCCGUCGUGCCUUCUAAAUAGUAGCCGUGGGAGCUAUGGCCAUCCCAGUCAGGGUCGUCUGAAUCGUCAUCUUCACUGCCAGAUGAGACAUAUGCACGGGGCUGGCUGAGUUUGGUGGCAUCCGGAGAUGGCUUUCUGGCAGCCGAUAGCAGUGACGGAUCCAGUGACGGUAUCCAAACCAGCAACAGGCGAUUCAUCGCGCCCUCCGAAAGAUGAACCAUAUCCUUUGGCGAUCGCUCCAGGUUGGCCAAACCCACGUCACUCUCUCCAAAGGUCACAACUGGAAGUUUCGAGAGAUUUGCGCCUUUGGCUGCCGUGACUAAGGGGCCUAUCGCCGAUGCGGUAGCUGAGGAAUGGUUAGAGGUGAUCUUCUGGUUCGUCGGAUCAUUUGCAGCAUCCACGGCUUCCUGUGCAACGGAGUCCCACAAGCGAUCUAGCCGUUUCAAAGACCAGUAUCUAACGAUGAUCAUGUUCUGGGUCUCGGCUUUCUCUUGGGCAAUGAUAUCUUCAGCAGCGAGCCCGCAGUUCGACGAAUUGACACCCUCUUUCCUUGACUUAAGUAGGUCUCCCAACUGCAGAAUCCGCGUCAUCACGAUCAAGCUCAAUUUUAGAGACUCCAGUUGCGCUAAAAGGCUUUCUCAAUUGCUUCGGUGGUUCGGCCAAGAUCGGUGCUCUCCAGCGCUUGCCCAAGCUGCUUCAGAGUCAACGCAAAGAGAGAGAUUCCCUUGGCAAUACUGUGAAUCUCUAUUCUAGACUGUGCAAGUUGACAUGCUGCAGCGUUGAGGAGUAGCGAGAGUCGAAAGCCCGCGCCCGCCACCCGGAUGAUGGAGGUCUCGGGGCCUAUCAUGGAAGUGUUAUCCCCGUCAGUUCCUUGUGCGAAGGCCUAUGAAGCGCAAAACCAGCUCCACAUACCUUGUGCCAUCGUUAUCAAGUGUAUCUCUCUCACUAGCCGCUCAGUAAACUGUUUCAGGUAAUGUAGUGGACAGGCGGUGGAUGGUAACGUAGUGAAGAAGAACGAUGAAACAAGCGGGACAUGAUAUGUAGGGCCCGAGUUCCCUAGGACUGCAGUCGCCACGGGUCCAACAUUAAAUGUGCCCGUGGCCUAUUGGACCCCUCGUAAUCAACCCCCUCCCUUCUUCAGAGCCGCAAGUGUUGUGCAUAUCAAGUGACUCCAAACCCGGCUGUCAGCGUCCGAGCCCCCGCAUGACGCCAUGGCUGGAGCCCGGGACAUGGGGGACAGCCUCUCUUUGGCCUGAAAAUGGGCAAAGCAGCCGAUCUGGAGCUCUUCACACGCUAGUGCGGGCGAAGACAAUGAGAUUCCCCGGUGAUACACCAGGCCUGGGUGAAAAAAGUCAGGCCAAAAGUACACCCGUCGUGCACUGCCUCGCAAAGCAGGGAAUCGGAUGGAUUCAAGUUAAACCGUGAUCGGCAUGACGUUCCGCCGCACUCUCGCCUCGUAUUGACCGCUGCGCCUUUAUCAGGGCUCUCUCGCCCGGCACCCGCAAUGGGUGUGCACCAUUCAGUGGACACGGAGGGUUAUCACUGUGGCUUUGCUCGGGCCGAAUCCUGAACGAGGUCAUCUCCAUCGUGAUAAGGUCUUCCUAUCGUGCUGUUGGGGUCGCACACGAUAGCGCAGUUGACCGUACGAGGGAUCGACAGGCAGUCAGGGAAACAAAGAAAUGCCGAAGUGGCCACUUGAAGGAAAUGACACUCGACAUCUCACAGGCAGGACAUAUACGAUCCCGCAGAUACCCCAGGGCUAGUGUCUAGCCAGGUCUGUUCUUUGCAGGACAUGAUGCUGUUUUCGUGGAUCAGUAGACGAUGGAGCUCUUCUAAGCUGUUUAUUUGUAGCAACUCAACAUUCCCACUGGCCACACUUCCGCUUUCGGCACCUGAUCGGGGAUCAAUUGUUCUUUACGUCUUUCAAACCUCUCACGCGGCCCUCUCUCUUUUACAUAUACUAUAUUGAUAGAUUUCUCUAAUUUGAUGAGCGAUAUAGCUCUACUCAAAACCUCCAAUCGCAGACUAUCGUGAAAUUCAGCGUAUCUGUCGAUCGGGACUUUGUCUACUGGGCCCCGCCGCGCAAUCGUCCACCCCUCACAAGUCAUAACCUCCUUUUCCUUUCCCGCGUGCACCCUCCUCAUCUGCGGAGAUCUCCCCAGUCCGAUGACCACAAACUGGAUCCACCAUCAUCGGAUCUUGGGGGAUUCAACAUAAAAUCACCUCGCGCUGUGGGAUCACUGGUAUUUGGGCCGAAUGGGCGAGUUGUCCUGGUCGUUGAGCUAGGAACGUGCGAAGGAAACACCGAGAAAAUCCAAGGGAUCUCGAAAACACCACCUGCGCUCGGAAGGGUAUUCGUCCAUGUGAAAUCAUGCCCGCUGAAGGUGUCACUGUCGGCGGCACCUCCGACCAGAUUGCCUCGUCGACGGCCUCCCUAUCGACCACGCCGCCGCAGCCUCCUGUCACGGGCGCGACCUCCUCUGACGAUGCUGGCAAAGAGAAGGAGGGUUUAACGGUGCAGGAAGGUACCGGAACAAAAUCAACGUCACCUACGAAAAUACAGGAACCAGAGGACGCGCUGGAUGACUUUGGCCUUCCCAUACGACCGCGUUCAAGGCUUGAACGGCCCCCAACCGAUCUCCCUGAAACCGAUCGCCGAUCCGAACCCGAAGAUGAAGCUGUCAAUGUGGUGGAAGAACCCAAAUUGAAGGAGAAGAUAGCUGAGGUGGACGCGGAUGCUUCCAAGGGCAAAGCAGAAGAGGAGGCCAAGGUUGUUGAACAGGCAUCAGACAAACAAUCGGCACAAGACGACAGGAAGACCGAGUCCCAAGACCAUGAUGCUACCUCACAUGAAGAGCCUCACAACACAACUGCCGACCCCCCACCUCCAUAUCGCAAGUCGAUCUCGAAAACAAAUGACACGCAAGCCUCGGAAUGGUCGCAUCAACGGCUGACCCAACCUCAAAAUGUUGUCGAGGACAGCGAGGACAGCGGGGAAGACGAAUGGAAGGCAAUGCCUGCUCUUGGAGAAAUGGACUACUAUGAUGACUAUGGAAGGCUCAUCGCUCGUGGCGCUCGAGAAGAGGAUGACGAAGCAGUAUACAGUGGAUUAGGUGGUGCUGGAAAGGGAUACACUCGGGUUCAGCUUGAUGAAGAUGCUCAAUCCGCCACCAGCAUGGACGAGGACACGAGCUACCUUUUCCGCGAGACAGGCGGCAACUCCGCGGGUUUCGUAGGCGAGGAGCUUCGCGACACUGUCAGUCAGCUCCAGGCUACGAAGGACCUUCUGAACGAGACACAAAAGAUCGCGUAUGUGGGUGUGGUUCGCCUGACGAUUCACGAGAUGAAUAUGGAUCUCAAUAAAAUACCUACCACCAAAUCAUCGCGCAAGGUGAUACUCAAAGCACAAGAUGCCCAAAGAAAGUGGGGUCAAACAAUGAUGGGGCGAUUAUAUAUGCACAUGGACAUCAGCCCUGCCGAGCAACUCAUGAUUGAGCAGCUUGCUGAGCAUGGCGUCCAACCUGGAGAUUUGGUCCGUCCCCUCAUGCAGAAUGCGCGUGUCAAGAACCCGAUGGCAGAGAAUGACCCCAAAACCCCAACCUCUUCUAUCUCAUCCCCAACCCUCGGAAAUGGCCCCGGCUCCCGGGUAUCUACAGAGACCGAGACCUCCGAGCUGGGCUCUCCGCCGCCCUAUGAUGCUCACAUGGAUGACGAGGAUGUCCCGGAAGUCCACACUCCUUCUCAAUUACCUACAUCUGCAAAGAUCGAUAUCGACCUUCGAUGGACGAUACUAUGUGACCUUUUCCUCUUGCUAAUUGCCGACUCGGCCUAUGAUUCCCGAUCUCGGACGUUGCUCGAACGAGUUGGGGCGGCCAUGGAUGUGACCUGGCUGCAAAUCUCCCGAUUCGAGAAACGAGUAACGGACGCUCUUGAAAUGCAAGAAGAAGCCGAGAAAGAGACAUGGGAUGAAUCAGAGCAUAUGGAAAAGCGUCGCAAGGCCAACCUGAAGCAAAAGUAUAUGAUAAUGGGCCUUGCUACUGUGGGUGGUGGUCUCGUCAUCGGUCUCUCGGCGGGUCUUUUAGCUCCAGUAAUUGGAGCCGGUCUUGCUGCUGGUCUAACUACCGUUGGUCUUUCCGGUACGAGUGCUUUCUUAGGUGGAGUUGGUGGUACUGCGCUCAUCGCUUCGAGCGCUACUCUCGGCGGGAGUGCCAUCGGUAUGAAGGCCUCCCACCGGCGGAUGGGCGCUGUCCAAACAUUCGAAUACCGACCUCUUCACAACAAUAAAAAGCUGAAUCUGAUCGUGACUGUCUCUGGCUGGAUGACUGGCAAAGUCGACGACGUCCGAUUGCCUUACAGUACCGUGGACCCUAUCAUGGGUGAUAUAUACUCGGUUCUCUGGGAGCCUGAAAUGUUGCGCAGUAUGGGUGACACGAUCAAUAUUCUUGCGACAGAGGCGCUCACCCAAGGCUUGCAACAAGUGCUAGGCAGUACUAUAUUGAUGGCUCUCAUGGCAUCCCUGCAACUCCCUCUCGUUCUUACCAAGCUCGCUUAUUUAAUUGACAAUCCUUGGAACGUGUCACUUGCUCGUGCCAAUGCAGCAGGUUUGGUCUUGGCCGAUUCCUUGCAGGAUCGCAAUCUUGGCAACCGCCCUGUGACGUUGCUUGGUUUCUCCCUGGGUGCACGUGUCAUUUUCUCAUGCCUGAAGGAGCUAGCUGCCAAGGGUGCUCACGGGCUUGUUCAGAAUGUGUACCUCUUUGGUUCCCCAGUUGUGGCCAGUAAGGACGAAUACUUAAAGGCUCGUACCGUGGUCUCUGGCCGAUUUAUCAAUGGCUACUCCAAAAAUGACUGGAUUCUGGGAUACCUCUUCCGAGCAACGAGCGGUGGUAUCAUGCGCGUUUCUGGGCUUGCUCCCAUCGAAGGGAUUCCAGGGUUGGAGAACGUCGACCUCACUGAAACCGUCAACGGUCACAUGGACUAUCGUGCUGCCAUGCCGCGUAUUCUCCGGCACGUCGGAUGGGAGGUUCUGGAAGACGAAUUCGCCGAAAUCGAAGACCCCGAUCCAGACAAUCAUGCUGAAAGACAAAGGGAGCUUAUUCGCGAGAUUGACGAGGCUCGUCGGAAUGCCGAGAUGAAGCCGGAGAAGAAACGCUUUGGCCUGUUCAAGCGUGGCAAGAUGGCCGAGAAGAAGACAUGGGAAACGUAUCAUGUUGAUCGUAACUCUUCACCGCACAACGCUGCGGAGCCGAAUAGUGCUCCUGGCUCCGUCCUCUUCGACAUCGAAGCCAUUCGAGCUGAAUUAGCCUCCGAAGCGAUCGAGGUCAAACAGCUAGAAUCUACACUGCCCCCUAUGAAGCUCGAUCUGAACCGCCCAUCGACUACGCAACCCGUAACACCGGUUCAGAAUGAUCUAACACCGAAGGAGCCCAAGCCAUGUCUUCCUCGGACAGCAUCGGAGCCGCAGCUCUCCACGGAAGUUCAUUCCCCUCAUGCCAUGGCCGAUCCUGUCCCCUCACACAUGGAAGGGCCAAUUGAAAUGACCUUUGAUACGACUUCGCGGCCCGAAGUGCGGUCCUCGUCUUCUACUAUCCCUACGGGCAUUGGCGCCACUGCACUUGGGGCCAUGGCUAUGGAACCCAAUGCCUGGGCCGAUCAUGAUCACGGCCGCGGGGAGGACGAAAUUCAGAUGACAUUUGAAUAAUGAUGGGGAUUCUUGGUUUUCUUUUUCUUAUCAGCAUUCCCUCUUUGGCUUGAAGGCUUCCAUGGCUUUUACUGGGAUUCUAGAAGGAGCAUGGGCUUUGCAUAGGCGUUUAGGAAACUCUGUGUAUAUGGCUGAAUAGCUGUCAUGUAUGGCGACAAUGAGUAAAGAUUCAAUAAGCAGCUUUAACUCAAUUUCUCACAAUCUAACUAGUUAUCAUCC